AUGGGUUGUGCUUAAAUCGUGAAUCAUACUCAAGAAGUUCACUAGCCUCGAUUAUAGAGAAAUUAAUCGAAAAAGACUACUUUGGAAUAGACUAAGAAUGACUAUGAUUCUCCAAUUAUCUUCCCCCUCACUUUCCCUGAAGGAUUCGGAAAAUACAGAAAAUAAUAGAGAAACUCAACUGUGAAGUUGAAAAACACGAUGAAAGUGGAAAUCUCUCUGGACAGUAGUAGGAAUACAAUCCUGAAAAGAAGAACGACUCUAAAUCCCUAUUCUUGA